AUGGCACAAGGAAACCCUGAAGUUUGGUUCGUGCAGGCGGUGGCACAAUUCCAAAUAUCCGGUAUCAAGGAAGAUACUACAAAGUUUUACGUCAUUAUCUCGCAGCUGGAACAGAGGUACAUCCGCGAAAUUAAAGAUAUCAUAAAAAAUCCACCCGCUACCGGCAAAUACGAAAAAUUGAAACAAGAACUUAUUAAGUGUUUGUCAAUUUCACGAGAGCACCAAAUUACCCAGCUGCUUUCCCAUGAAGAACUGGGUGAUAGGAAACUGUCGCAAUUCUUACGGCAUUUAAAAACUCUCGCCGCCAACGAAGUUUCAGACGAAUUUUUACGUAGUAUGUGGUCGAGCCGCUUGCCACCUCACAUACAAGCUAUAAUUGUUUCGCAUACUAUCGGCACCUUGGAAGAUGUUGCGGAGCUAGCAGACAAGAUAUACGAGGUCGUGACGCCGGCGCCGUUACAACAAGUUGCGAGUGCAGCCGCCGGUUCCAGUAGCUUCGAUGGCUUAGUGAAGCGCCUCGACGAGAUGAUUGCGUCACGAGUUAAGACAGAGUUGCAACAGCAGAUCGCUCAAAUAAACUUGAAUCGUCGCAGCCGUUCUGUAUGGCGUGACGGCUACCGCGCGAGGAGAAGGAGCCGAAGCCGGACGCCAGGGAAACUUACAAGGCAGUUCAUAGAAGCGACGGACGAUUGCCAGAGUGUUACUAGUCGCCUUUUUGUCACUGACAGGAAGACAAAGGUGCAGUACUUAAUCGACACCGGCUCGGAUCUUUGCGUACUGCCACGUCGGUUUCUGCGUCAGUCACGGGAACCCGCGGACUACAAGCUCACCGCUGCUAAUGGAAGCGUUAUCAACACCUACGGAACCUUAUCUAUACAUUUGGACCUAGGGUUGCGACGCGACUUCACCUGGAAUUUUGUAGUUGCCAACGUGAACGGACCAAUCAUCGGAGCUGAUUUUAUUUCACAUUAUGGUUUACUCGUAUAUUGCAAGAACGGACGGUUGCUUGACAACGUGACUACACUUUCAACAACCGGCAUCGUUCGUGGGUGUGAACAACAUAGCAUCAAGGCGAUAUCAGAAUCAGAAUGUCCGAAAUUCAACCAAGAACAUAUAUACGAAGAAAAGAUAAAACACAUAUCUAGAGGAGACCCACAUUGCGUUGAGAGCAUCGUCAGCCACCAAACCCUGGACAAUUCAUGCCGACCUACCAAAGUAACUUUCGACAAGGAAGCGGUGGAACAGCUAGAUGAUCAGCACUAUACACUCAUCUUUCCCAAAACCAUGAAGACAGAGCUUCAGUGUGAACGACAGCAGUUCAUCAACCUCCAUGGGAGUUACCUCGCCACCAUACCACAUAAAUGCCUUUUGCGCACUGCAGAAUUCACUAUAAUCAAUAUCAACGACCGAGUGAAAGGACAACCACUACUGAUAACUGAGAUACCUCACAACUAUGACGCCAUCGAUACUAAAGAAAUUCAACACAUAAAACUCAACUCCAUCAACUUAAAAAGUCUACAGCCUAUACAAGAUAAAAUUAUAAUGCAGCAGCCAAUCAAAAUGGACCACACGGAUACAGCAAUAUACCAUACAACCAUUCCCUUGUACGGAGCUCUGGCCGUAGCAAUCGUUAUUAUUUCUUCAUACAUCCUGAAACGAUACAAAUUGAAACCGAAACCAAUAAAGAAGAUUCCUCCAUCUCAAGUAAUGACAGCUCGAAGCCAUGAAUCUGAAGAUCUUGAAAAUUCAGAACAUCAAGAUCCAAGGACAGCAACAUUUGAUCUCAAGGUGCUCAAAUAGUCGCUGAGCUGAGGGGGGAGGUGUUAUAUACCCUAACUCUAUGUAAUAUUCCGAUAUGCAAUAGGAAUUUUACCACAUAUAUACAUUGGCGUACGUGACUGUCGUGAACGCUGAGACAGCAUUUCAACACCCUAGAAACCGUGCAUUGACGUAAAUGGCACAUUGACGCACAUGAGUGCGGGGACGCCGAUUCAGCACCUUUACCUCAUGGAGCCUCAAAGCCAGCCACGGGGCCCGCACUUCUGAACUCACAUCGUCGGAAGACAGACCAGUAGCAUUAAUUAAGUUUAAGUUUCAUUGUAAUCUUUUUAAUUUUAAUACUAGUAGUAGAUUCAGUUUCGGUUUUUUUAAGACCUUAGGCUGCGACCUCCGUAAUUAACUAAUAAGAUUUUAAAUAAAUAUAAAUAAAUAAUAAUAAUAA